AUGGGUAAAUUUGGCUUACCUUAUUUAAAGGCAGCUUCAGAUUUGCUCUUUUUAUUCCAACAAAAUUCUCACGAAAUCCAAAGACUUCAAUCCCUAAUCAAAUCUCGCCCUCCUUGCCUAGAACAACUCUACGACCUCGAUGAAAUUUCUAAUUUAUCCUCUUUAACAGGCGACAUAAGCCAAGCCAUUUCAGAUCUAUUUCCUCAUGAAUCCUGAAAAGAAGCCUCUGACACAGUUACAAACCAAAUGUUUAUCUUAUUUGAUGACCUCAAUAAAGACCAUGGUCUCUAUACCUCUCUUCUCUCCCUUAAAAAUUCUUUUCUUUUCCCAUCACUUACUCAAUCCCAGCAGCUUUUUGCGAUUUCUCUAUUAAAAGAAUUUGAAAAAGAAGGGACUCAUUUAACUGAUUCUAUCGUAAAAGACCAUAGUUUAAAUAUACUGAAGCUUCAGUCACAAUAUUUAAAUAAUAUUGAUUUUUCUAAAGCAAAACUUUUGUUUGCCUUUGAAGAAAUUGAAUCAAUUCCUAUGAGUUUGAUACCAGAACGCCUAGGAGAUAAAUAUGAUGAUUUAAUAGAAGUUGAAUAUGAUAAAGAAGAUUUAUUGUCCAUUGUAAAUCAUUCAGAAAGCCCUAAAAUUAGAGAAAGGGCCUGAAAAGCAAGCGGAAAUGUAAAUAUUUCUAAUAAAGCAGUCUUAAAGAGCCUGAUUAGUGAAAGAAAACAGCUAGCAAACUCUUUAGGCUUUGAAAAUUUCGCAGAAUAUUCCAUGCAAUAUAAAAUGUUUUCAGGAAAUGUUAAAGAACUAAUAGAAAAUUUGGUAGCCUGUCAUGGAUAUCUAGAGCCAAAGCUGAAAAACGAGUACGACAUUAUCCUUGAUAGAAAAGCUUUAAAUGAACAAAUUUCAAGAAAAAACCCAGUCAAACUGGAAGGCUGAGAUAUUUCGUAUUAUUCUCAAAGAUAUAUUGACGAAAUAAAAACACAAAAAUUAAAAAAUUUUACAAAACAUUAUAAUGAUGAAAAUUUUUUUACAUUUUUUAACAUUUUUGAAGGAAUUAAAGAAUUAUGCUCAAGCUUGUUUGGGAUUAGUAUCGAAAUUUGUAUGGCAAAUACUGAUGAGGCUUGGUCAAAUGAUAUUGUGAAAUUAGCAUUUUCUAAAAAUGGAUCAUUAAUAGGAUAUUUGUACAUGGAUUUAUUCCAGAGAAAUAAUAAGGCGAAUAGAGGAGCUUCAAAUUAUAAUAUAGUUUGCCCUAAAAAGGUUUCAAUAAAUUCUAAUGAGCACCAGAUCCCUAUCAGUGUUCUAUCAUGCAAUUUUUCUCGGCCUGCUUUUAGUAAAGAAUCUUUAUAUGUGACUUUAGACGAUUUUAAAAAUCAAGGGAUUACUUAUAACAAUUUAAUAGAACUUUUUCAUGAACUUGGCCACUCAAUCCAUUCCCUUGUUAGCCAAAGCGAGUUCCAAGCAUUUUCUGGGACAAGAGUUCCAUUAGAUUUAGCAGAAAUCCCUUCACAUAUUUUUGAAAAAUUUGUCACAGACUAUAACUACGUAAGUCGCUGGGCAUUACACAAGCUAAACAAUGAAAAAAUUCCUAAUGAGCUAUACCUUUAUAUAUAAUUUCUCUGAAAACCUUUAUCCCUGAUAUACCUUUUCUCUAUUUAUGCUUAAUAAUAUAUUUUUAUACAUGACAGAUUCCAUUUAUAUAUUUAAAGCUUUAAAAAACCAUAUCCAGCUAUCAUUUUCUCUAUUUGACUUACUUAUCCACUCUGAAGAAAACAUUGACGCAGCCUUACAAAAAUUCAAUGGUUUUUUCGAAACCAAAGAAUUCGGAGGAGAUUGGUAUAGGGGUUUCCCUUGAAUAGCCCGAUAACGUGAUGAAGCCAGCCCUUAUCGGGCUAUUCAAGGGAAAGCCCUAUACUGCAAUUUGCAUCAUUUAGCAGAAUAUGGCAGCUCUUAUUACACCUAUGUGCUGGAUAAUGCUUUAUCUGCAGUUAUCUGGGAAACUGCGUUUAAAAAAUCAGCAAUAAAUGCAGAGGCUGGAAAUUUGCUGUAUAAGCAUUUAUUAAUAAAGGGCGGAAGUGAGCCUGGAAAGACCCAAAUUGGAAAUAUCUUGUCUCCAUAUAUGGUUUCUCAAGAAGGAGUUACAAAUAUAAACGACAUUGACCCAUUUUUAAUUAUGCAGCAUUGGUACAGAACACAUUUCAAAGAUCAUGAAUUAGUUAUUUUAGAGGAUUUAAGAGCAAAAUAUUAA